CUCGGGCCCCGUCCCCAGUCCCUGAUCCCCGGAUAACAAGGGGCAGCUGGCGCCGUCCAUUGGUGCAGAGCAUUGUAGACCAAGGAGCCAUGGAUAGGAGAAGUGUGGGUGAAACAGAAAAUGGAGAUGCUUUCCUUGACCUGAAGAAGCCACCUGCCUCCAAAUGCCCCCAUCGCUAUACAAAAGAAGAACUCUUGGAUAUAAAAGAACUCCCCCAUUCCAAACAGAGGCCUUCGUGCCUUUCUGAAAAAUAUGACAGUGAUGGUGUCUGGGACCCUGAGAAGUGGCAUGCCUCUCUCUACCCAGCUUCAGGGCGAAGCUCGCCAGUGGAAAGUCUGAAGAAAGAGUUGGAUACAGACCGGCCUUCCCUGGUGCGCAGGAUAGUAGAUCCACGAGAGCGUGUGAAAGAAGAUGACUUAGAUGUUGUUCUCAGCCCUCAGAGACGGAGCUUUGGAGGGGGCUGCCACGUGACAGCUGCUGUUAGCUCCCGGCGCUCAGGAAGUCCAUUAGAGAAAGAUAAUGAUGGGCUUCGUCUGCUUGGUGGACGUAGGAUUGGCAGUGGGAGGAUAAUCUCUGCCCGGACCUUUGAGAAGGAUCACCGUCUUAGCGAUAAGGACCUGCGAGACUUGAGAGACAGAGACCGAGAGAGGGACUUCAAGGACAAGCGUUUCAGGAGAGAGUUUGGAGAUAGUAAGCGUGUCUUUGGUGAGCGUAGAAGAAAUGAUUCUUAUACAGAAGAAGAACCAGAGUGGUUCUCUGCUGGACCCACAAGUCAGUCUGAAACCAUCGAACUGACUGGCUUCGAUGAUAAGAUACUAGAAGAAGAUCACAAAGGGAGAAAAAGAACAAGGCGACGGACAGCCUCUGUGAAGGAAGGUAUAGUAGAGUGCAAUGGAGGAGUGGCCGAAGAAGAUGAAGUGGAGGUCAUCCUUGCACAGGAGCCCGCAGCUGAUCAGGAAGUGCCAAGGGAUGCCAUCUUGCCUGAGCAGUCCCCAGGAGAAUUUGACUUUAAUGAGUUCUUUAACCUUGAUAAGGUGCCAUGCUUGGCUUCGAUGAUAGAAGAUGUUUUGGGAGAAGGGUCAGUCUCUGCCAGUCGGUUCAGUAGGUGGUUCUCUAACCCGAGCAGAUCAGGAAGCCGAUCCAGCAGUCUUGGGUCAACACCACAUGAAGAGCUAGAGAGACUUGCAGGUCUGGAGCAAGCCAUCCUCUCUCCUGGACAGAACUCGGGGAAUUACUUUGCUCCUAUACCAUUGGAAGACCAUACUGAAAAUAAAGUGGAUAUUUUAGAAAUGCUACAGAAAGCCAAAGUGGAUUUGAAACCUCUUCUUUCUAGCCUUUCUGCAAAUAAAGAAAAACUUAAAGAAAGCUCACAUUCAGGGGUUGUGCUUUCCGUGGAGGAGGUAGAAGCAGGUCUGAAGGGCUUGAAGGUGGACCAGCAAGUGAAGAAUUCAACUCCCUUCAUGGCAGAACACCUAGAAGAGACCUUGAGUGCUGUAACCAACAAUCGACAACUCAAGAAAGACGGAGACAUGACUGCGUUCAACAAGCUAGUGAGCACCAUGAAGGCAAGUGGGACUUUGCCUUCUCAGCCCAAAGUCAGCCGAAACCUUGAAAGCCAUUUGAUGUCCCCUGCUGAGAUUCCAGGCCAGCCUGUCCCUAAGAACAUCCUGCAGGAACUUCUGGGUCAACCAGUUCAGAGACCUGCUUCUUCCAAUCUUCUGAGUGGCCUUAUGGGGAGCUUGGAGCCUACAACAUCUUUACUGGGCCAAAGAGCACCCUCUCCUCCCUUGUCACAGGUGUUUCAAACUCGAGCAGCCUCAGCUGACUACCUUCGCCCAAGAAUACCAUCACCAAUUGGUUUCACACCAGGACCACAGCAGCUACUCGGAGAUCCAUUCCAAGGCAUGCGCAAACCCAUGAGCCCCAUCACGGCCCAGCAGAUGAGCCAGCUGGAGUUGCAACAGGCAGCUUUAGAAGGGCUGGCCUUGCCACAUGACCUUGCUGUACAGGCAGCAAACUUCUACCAGCCUGGUUUUGGCAAACCACAGGUGGACAGAACCAGAGAUGGAUUCAGAAACAGGCAACAGCGAGUGACCAAGUCACCAGCACCAGUGCAUCGAGGGAAUUCCUCUUCCCCUGCCCCUGCUGCCUCCAUCACAAGCAUGCUUUCUCCUUCCUUUACCCCUACCUCAGUGAUUCGUAAGAUGUACGAGAGCAAAGAGAAAAGCAAGGAGGAGCCAAUAUCUGGAAAAGCAGCUCUUGGUGACAGUAAAGAGGAUACUCAGAAGGCCAGUGAAGAGAACCUCCUGUCCUCCAGCUCUGUACCCAGUGCCGAUCGAGACUCUUCUCCCACUACAAAUCCAAAACUGUCAGCGUUACAGAGGUCUUCCUGUUCCACCCCACUGUCCCAGACCAGCCGUUACACCAAAGAACAAGAUUAUCGACCUAAAGCAACUGGGAGAAAAACACCCACCUUGGCAUCCCCAGUUCCUACAACACCUUUUCUCCGCCCUGUCCACCAAGUUCCCCUUGUCCCCCAUGUCCCUAUGGUUAGGCCUGCUCACCAGCUUCACCCAGGGUUGGUACAGAGGAUGCUGGCCCAGGGAGUACAUCCACAGCAUCUUCCAAGUUUGCUCCAAACUGGUGUGCUUCCUCCUGGGAUGGACUUGACUCAUUUACAGGGAAUAUCUGGCCCUAUCCUGGGUCAGCCCUUUUACCCUUUACCUGCUGCUAGUCACCCUCUCUUAAACCCUCGUCCUGGAACACCUCUGCAUCUGGCAAUGGUGCAACAGCAGCUACAGCGCUCAGUUCUGCAUCCUCCAGGCUCUGGUUCCCAGGCAGCAGCUGUCAGCGUUCAGACAACUCCUCAGAACAUGCCCAGCCGGUCGGGCCUGCCCCACAUGCACUCCCAGCUGGAGCAUCGCCCCAGCCAGAGGAGCAGCUCCCCUGUGGGCCUUGCCAAAUGGUUUGGCUCAGAUGUGCUACAGCAACCCCUGCCUUCGAUGCCUGCCAAAGUUAUCAGUGUAGAUGAAUUGGAAUACCGACAGUGAGCAGGGCAGGCAGACUCAACUAAGCCCGGACCUGUGGUGGCACCCUGGGCAGGACCCUGCUUCCUCAUCUCGGGUUGGUUUAUGGGCUUUUACUUUGGAGCACUCUGUGUGAAGCUAUUUGGUGGAACCCAUGCACCUGGUGUGGUCCGCAUUAUGAUGGAAGGAUCUUAACCAGUCGAGUGGAGUGUACAUUGAAUACAGGAUGCACAAUGUUGUCAAUCCUGGAAAUGGUCUUUCUUUUUUGUAAGAUAUGUGAAUGAAGUGUUGGUGUCCUCACCAAGAGGUGGCACCUAAGGGUUCUGAGGAAAUAAAUGUAUAGACCCUUAUGUACAGACCUGUGUAUAAACAACUUUUGUAUAUACAUAUAGGAUAGCUUUUUUGAACUUAUACAGCUGUACAUAAAAGUAGCUGAUAUUAGUUAGGCCUGUGUCAACAGUUUGGAUUUUUUUCACUUGUACAUUUGGGAUUUUCUUUUGGUUGAUUAAAAUUGCAUAUGCUAAGUGUGUGAAUGAAGUAA